GUGGCAAGUGCCUCCGUUCAGUAUUGAAAACAGAGGGAAAACAAAACAAGAAUCGCUUGGAUAAGAUAGAAUUUUCGCCCCAAACCCUCCUCGGCCGAUAUGAACAGUGACUCGGCCACGCCUUUACCGGCCUCAAACCAUCCCCCGCCAGUUAUUCCACCCGCUGACGCCCACCAGGUCCACGCCCACGCCCCGGAUGAGGAUGACUCGUUAGUCAUUGACCUGAAGCCUGAAAGUGAGUCGGUCAGCUCACCGAGCAGCACGCCCGCGCCCGCUCGAUUGCCGGCCGGCCCCAGCCCGCAACGAGCGCCAGGUCAGCGAACUAGCGCUGAUGGGGUGUUGCUUAGUGGUGUCGAGGGGAGCGCCAAGGAGGGCGUGGGGUCAGGCGCCAGCCCCGGGGCCGGCACGGGCGGGAGUGAGGAGGAAGAGAAAGAAUUUGAGCCGACCGUGGAGAUGAUGAUGAAUGACUUCGAUGACGAGCGCACUCUCGAAGAGGAGGAAGCACUGCAAGAGGAUAAUGAAACGGAUACGGCCGCCGAGGUUGAAGCCCUGGAGCUCGAGGGUGACAUGCCAUUGGGGGAUCUGCUCAAGAUGUACGGCUAUAAAGCGGGCGCCGAAGACGAGCCUAGUGACUCGGAGACCAAAGAUAGCCCAACGGCCUCACCGGCCAAGGACGAGGACGAGGACGGCGAAGAAGAGGAAGAGGAAGAAGAAGAUGCCCUGGCCGCCACCACGUCCUCGCCCAAAGCCGGGGACAAACGCUCCAAUUCGGACGAGGACAAGUCGGAGGACGUCAAAAGCGGAGCCAAACGCGGAUCCAUGAGUCCGCCCCCGCCUGCCAAGAAGAGUAAGUCCGAAUUGGCCCGCUUCUACUAUGAGGACCAGCAGGGGCGGUCCCUCCGCUCCUCGGCUAUGGGCGGUGGGGGUGGAAGUGGGUCGUGUUCACUUUCAGGCGCUCCGGGUGAAGAUGAGGAGGAGGAUAGCGAUGGGGGAGGAUUAGGGGGCGGGAACGGGGACGAGUCCGAUAUGGAAGGACGGGAUUACUCGUGGAAGAAGACCAUCAUGAUCGGGCCCUCGUUUCAAGCCAGUGUCCCGUCCGACAUGUCCAAGUACGACGACACCUUGCCCUACGAGAACGAAGACAAACUCCUCUGGGAUCCCAAGCUACUCACCCGCCAAGAGGUGGAGCAAUACCUGUCCAGGUCCCAGGAUUCGCUCAACCAAUCGGGCGUGGCUAGUCUGCCCAUGGGAGACCAUAUUCGCGAUGACGAGCAGGCCCUGCAUUUACUGCUGCAAUGCGGCUACAAUUACGAGGAAGCUCUUCGUCGUCGCCGAAUGAACCCGUUGAGUCCAGCUGAAACCAUGUCGCUGUGGUCGGAAGAGGAGUGUAGGGCUUUUGAGCUCGGAUUACGGCUUUACGGGAAAGAUUUUCACAUGAUCCAGCAACAGAAAGUCCGGACGCGGUCCGUGGGCGAAUUGGUGCAAUUCUACUACCUGUGGAAGAAGACCGAACGACACGACGUAUUCGCCAACGCCACCCGACUUGAGAAAAAGAAGUACACUCUUCAUCCAGGGACCACAGAUUACAUGGACCGGUUCAUAGAUGAGCAAGAACAGAGUCAUCCGCAUCCUUCCCCGAAUUACCAUUCCUUGUUGUAUGGAACCGACGGAAAGAGGGGCAUAUCUAUCAACACGCCGAGCGGGCAUCACCAUAGUAUGUUGAAGCCAACGGAGGCUGCUAUCAAUGGCUCUGCCCCGCCCAUUACGUCAUCCCAUACGCCCAAUGCGUCCAACGGUUCAGUCCUCUCCUCGUCGUCCACAACCAACGGAUCUUCCGGCCUCUCAGUACAAAACAUGAUCGCGUUUCCGGAAAACCCACCCAGCAGUAAUAACAGCAGUAGUAGUAUGAACCUCUCGAUGAGUACUCCAACCUUGGCAGUGGCUCCAAAUACAACCGACCACCACCACAUUCAUCAUCCACCGCCCACCAUGGACUGAUGAAAGUUCCCUCCUCACAUCCUCUGGGUCAAGUUAUGGAUGCGCGCUCCAUUUCAAGGUGGAGAAAUCUCCACGAUCGACAUUCUCAUUUUCUUCGGACAAACAUACGAUUAUUGUAUAGCUCUUUUGACGUACGACUAUUUAAAUAUCACAAAUUAUUGAAACCUUA